AGUGGGGCAGACUGAUUACGAGCCUGGUGACCCCUCCCUUUGGCACUGAUGGAGGUGACCAAGCACCUUAGGGAGCCUUAGGGAGAGAGUCUGUGGUGCAAAAUGAAACAGCAACUGAGCCAGCACAGCUCGGACCAACAGAGUCACCUUCAGUGAUGUGUCCAGCGCAGCUGCGAGGUGUCUUCCUGCACACAGAACACGAGCAGAGGAAGUCGAAGACCAUCACACAAGCCAACAUGAAGGUGGAAUUACUCCCAGCCCUCACAGACAACUACAUGUACCUCCUCAUCGAUGAGGAAACGAAGGAGGCUGCAAUAGUUGAUCCGGUGAACCCCCAGAAGGUUUUGGAUGCAGUCAAAAAGCACGGCGUGAAGUUGACCACUGUUCUGACCACCCAUCAUCACUGGGACCAUGCUGGAGGAAAUGAGAAGCUGGUAAAGAUGGAGACGGGGUUGCGUGUGUAUGGGGGAGACAGCAGAGUCGGAGCACUGACACAGAAAGUGUCUCACCUUACUUCACUCAAGGUGGGAUCUCUUAAUGUGAAAUGCCUCUGUACGCCGUGUCACACUUCUGGACACAUCUGUUAUUAUGUGACUAAGCCAAAUAGCUCCGAGCCACCUGCUGUUUUUACAGGUGACACGCUGUUUGUGGCUGGUUGUGGCAAAUUCUUCGAGGGAACCCCGGAGGAAAUGUACAGAGCGCUGAUUGAGAUUUUGGGCACCUUGGACCCCCAAACGAAAGUUUACUGUGGUCAUGAAUACACGAUCAACAAUCUCAAGUUUGCUCGACACGUUGAACCCAAUAAUGUCCAUAUCCAGGAAAAGCUUGCUUGGGCCAAGGCAAAGUAUGACAGUGGUGAGCCCACCAUACCCUCCACCAUUGCAGAAGAGUUUACGUACAACCCCUUCAUGCGAGUGAGGGAGAAGACGGUUCAGCAGCACGCUGGGGAGACCGACCCCAUCCGAACCAUGGGGGCCAUCAGGAAAGAGAAGGACAACUUCCGAGUCCCCAAGGACUGAGCACUCUGCCUGGAUCACUUUAAUGUCAGUUUAAGUGUAAUUUAGACUAUUCAGAUAUUUUAGAGUUGAGUUCUUCUGUUGUGGUUGAGAAAGUCAUAUUUAGGUUUUUAUUUUUGUUUUAAUUAAGAAAAAAAAAGCACUUUGCCCUUGCUGAGAUCUUCUACAGCAUAUUUAUAUUAUGAUGAAGAAUAUUUAUCCUUCUGUUGCUGGCUCUCAAACUGUCCCAUGUGUCACAUGCAGAUCAUUUUACAAGUGUUGGUACGUGGCUCGAAGUCUGGGGUGGGGAAGGGUCAAACCUUGAGGUCUAGGAAAAAGCUCCUGAUAUUUUUGUAGGAGCCAGAUGCGAAUGCAGAGAGUGGGGCUGGGGCCCAAGAAGUCUUCAUUUAAAACAGAGACAAAAAAUGCAGAAGCUACAUUACCAGCUGAAAAUUUGAACUUUGCUUCCAUGCUGCUGCUUAAACAGUCUGUUGCUUCUGGCUCCACUAAAACCAGAUCUCAGUGACAGACCUGCUCUGCCACCACCAGUUCAGGGCUUAGUUUGUGAAAUAGGCAGGGUACUGGGGAGUGGCACACGCAGACUGUCCAGCUUUCCUCUUCUCUCUCACUUUCCUUGUCGUGGACUGCAGUAACUUUUCCAGGCAGUGUCUCUGGCUUCCAGACUGCACCCUUGCUUAACCCUUUCGCUCUUAACGUCAGCCUGUUUGCACGUAGCUGCUUACUGCUCUUAAGUGUGAGCUGGAUGUUACUUGUGUUAGUACCACGCAAACGAAGAAGGGAUUUGUCUGCUGGUCCAAAACCCUGAGAAGAAACCCCUUACUAGUGUCUCACUGUGUGUCUAACAGCUGAGCAGUGAUGAGACUCCUCCAACAGAUGCUUUGCUGCUGAUAGCCAGAGUGGCUGCUUUGUACCUUGGUGUGAGUAACGUGGCAAAUGGGCAUUUCUUAGCUGGGUGCUGUGCCCCAGGGAGAGAGCGACUCACUGGAGGUCCCUGCCCUGAGCCUGAGGGUCUCCAGCUGAGGGGCCUGGCUCACAGCAGAUGCUCUGUGCUGCUGGGGUUGAUCUCCCACCCUGUGGGCUCUGCCUGGGCCAGCCUCUGCUAGAAAGGCCACAGUGGUGAUAUCAGUGCUGAGGGUGUCCACAUAUUCCCAGAUUAAACAGGGCUCAGAUCUUGCACCCCCUGAGAAACCACAUUAGCGUGGAACGUUUCUUGUUCUUGGUUGGUCCAUGGGGCUUAAAAGCCAUCCCUGUUGUCGGAGUUGUGCUGUGAGACCCCACUCUGCAGCCAGGGAGGGAGCUUCCCCUUGGGUUGUCUUUCUCACGGGGAAUAGUGUAUUGAAGUGGACCAACAGGAUAAACUUUGGGGGAAGAUAAAUCCAGAUUUUUCAGUGAGGGGCUCACCCCCUUCCUGCACCUCCCAUCCUCCAGCUCAGUGGCUUUAAACAAGAGAGAUGGGAGUGAAGGGUGGUAGGACCCAGCCUUGCAGGCUCAGCAUCUGCGUUUUUUCUUCCUCCUAAUCUUAUUUUCUUCCUUGUUUCUUGGUCUCGGCUGCGUGCUGCAGCUCUGCUCAAGUACAGGACAUUUCCAAACAAAACUAACAAAAGAUUAAAAUUAUUUUGGUUCCAGUUUCUCCCCCUCUCUCCAGUGAGCCUUGGUAAGUAAUGCCACCGUGGAGUCCGUAACCGCCCGGGUGUCACCAGAGUAACUUUGGUCUGCUGUUCUAACGAACAGGCUGAAUGGCAGUGUGUGAGCCGGAUUUGGUGCAACACCAUUUCUUUAUUUGCUUUAAAAAAAAGGUAAAUUUUUAUGUAGUUCAGAAAAAAAAUUGGUACCUAAAACUUUACUGCCUCCUUAACAUGAACGCUGUGCUGCUACAACGGAGCGUGACUGUACUGAUGGCUGUUUGACAAAUGAGCAAAUAAAUCAUAACAGCUGUAAAUUGA